UCCCGCCCUAUAAAUACAAGUCCAGACGUGUCAGUCUUUUUCAGUUGAAAAUCGAAAGUCCUUUAGUUAUGUUCUGUGCGCAUUUGUACACGCAGUUGGCCACUUAACAAUCAGUGAAAAUCAUUGUGACGUUCAUCUGAUGUGAACAGCGGCAAUUCAAUUACCCGAAAAAUGAAGGCGGCUGCUAUCAGGACUGUCUCCGCUAUUUGUAUCAUCCUAGGAAUAUUCUCUAUCGUCAUUCAAGGUGCCUCUUUGAUUAGGCGGUCUUUCGUUUUUUACGAUGCAAUAUGUCACGGCAUCUGGGCCGGAGUGCUGUACAUCCUCGCCGGAAGCCUAGGCAUUACAGCCGCCCGUCAACGUACUAGAUCGCUCUUGAUAGCCACCUUGGUUGUAUCAGUUCUUUCGAUUGCUGCAUCCAUGGUUGCAGCCGUGUUAUCCGGAUUCCCCGCAUUGGUGGAGUACUUUACGUUCUGCAACCAGAGCCAGCGCAGAUGUCAUCCGACUAUUUUAUUGGUCCUUCAAUGGGCGUUGAUGGCUGUCAGCGUUCUGGCUUUCGUAUGCGUCACAACGCUAACCGCUUUGACUUCCAAGGCCGUGUGUAGCAAUCAACGCAAAAACGAGGAUUCAAACACCGUUCCUUACGUCGAUAUCGCAACCAUCACGCAGACGAUUGAAGUCUCAUCUAACAAAGACGAACUCAUCGAUAAAAAACCUAAACGUCUCGCUGAGAUCUUAGCUCAGAAAUCGAGCCUUUGCGCCAAUCAAAAAGGCGCACCCAACGUCUACCUGUUAUCCGCUAAAGAGAUCGUAUCCAACGACGACUUCCGCUGGUUUAAUAUCGGCCGUACGGAUGUCGUUUCCCCGUCGGAAGAUCAUCGUGAUCACAAAGUCAUCAUUUUGAUGGGUGCUACCGGAUGCGGAAAGAGCACCCUCAUUAACGGCAUGGUCAACUACAUCUUGGGCGUCCGCUGGAAGGAUCCGUUCCGCUUCAAAUGCGUCCGCGAUGACAUGUCGAUCAUAACGAAUCACGCACGAACCAACACCGUCACGGCGUACACGUUGCGUCAUCAAGACGGCAUGACUGUUCCCUUUUCGAUCACGAUCAUCGACACACCCGGAUACGGCGACACGAAAGGUGUUAAGCGGGAUAAGCAAAUCACGCGCAACAUCCAGCAUUUCCUGACGCAACACAAGACGCGAAUCGAUCAAAUUCACGCGGCUUGUUUCGUGGCCGCUUCCGGAGACAGUCGAUUAACAGCCACUCAACGAUACGCUAUCGAUUCGAUGUUCUCGAUAUUUGGCAAGGACAUUAAGGAGAACAUCCGGCUGUUGGUGACCUUCGCUGAUAAUUCGCAACCGGCAGUCGUCGAUGCUUGCGCUGCUGCCAAUUUUCCAGUGACGUCUCCAUCGGCCGGCAUCACGUACAGCAAAUUCAACAGCUCCGUCCUCUACGCGGAUAACACGCAGCCGGAAGACGAAGAUUUCUCGUUCGACGAACGAUUUUGGGAUAUGAGUCAGGAGAAUUAUUACAAAUUUUUCACCAUGUUGGGAGGCAUGAACGGCCGCGGUCGCAAGUCCGCUCCCGAAGUGUUUCAGAGCCGCCAGCUGCUGGAACAUUCUCUGGAGGAUAUGAAGCGUGAGUUGGCCGAUUGCCUGGUCAAUAUAGAAAACAUGGAAAUGUUCCGCAGGCAAAUGCGGGAGUACGGCCACAAGAUGGAUCAGUUUAAUGAUCAAGUGCAGAUUAGUCUGAUGCGAAGCCGUGCUGCCGAAGAGCUGCAAUGAAACUCCUAAUAGAAAAUGAAUUUUUGAAACUCAAUGAUUUUGGGUAUAAAGAAUAGUUUAACAUUGGCUUGAAUGUAUCGUUAGAAUGCACUGAGAUCUAUCUGAAUUUUGAAUAAAUAUUUGCAUUAACACCGAUAGAAAGGACUAGUUAAGGUGACUUAAUUACUAACAGCAUUUUAGAUUAAAUAAUUCAAUCGUUUGUUCCUUAAUUCAAACUCUCUGCAUUAUUUCAUGAUUUAAUCAGAUACGUC